AUGUCUGCGUCAACAGCAUGGCUAUUAGCAGUUGGAAUUAUUUUCAUGUCAGCAUUUUCAUCAUUUAUUUAUCAUCCGUAUUUUUAUCAAAUACAAUUGUGUGCUAUACAACUUCGUGUCGCUUAUAGUGGUCUCCUUUAUCGUAAAGUUUUACGUUUAUCCAGUAGGUCAACAAAUACAAUGAGUUCUGGACAAAUAAUAAAUUUAUUGUCAAAUGAUGUCAGUCAGAUAGAACCAGCAUUGUAUUUUAUUAAUUAUAUAUGGGUUGCACCAUUAGAAGUUAUUAUUGUUGUACUAAUUUUCUGGCACUUCGUUAAAUGGAUAUCAUUUAUAGCUAUUGGUUAUACAUUAUUUUUAUUACUUUCUCAAUUUUUUUAUGGACAAUUAUCUAUUAGAUUAAGAACAAGAAUUCUAUCAGUAACGGAUGAACGUGUUAAAAUUAUGUCUGAAAUAAUUAAAUCAAUGAGAAUUGUUAAAAUGUAUUGUUGGGAAGGACCAUUUGAACAACAAAUUAAAAAUAUACGAAAAAGAGAAAUUAUUCAAUUAUCAUAUCGUUUGUUAUUGAAUUGUGUGCAAACCUUAUUUAGUCAUACAUACAUAUAUGUGACGUUUUUAAUGAUGUAUGCAACAAUGUGGUCGCUCAAUAUUCAGUUUGAUACAAGAUUUUUUGCCAUUGCCUCAUGUUUAUUGGGUUACGUACGUUGGGUCGUUAUGGACUGUUUUAAUUAUGCGAUUAGAAAUCUUGUACAAUAUGUAGCAGCGAAAAGACGUAUUGAAACAUUUUUAUUAGCAGAUGAAUCAGAACGGGACGAUCGAAUUCGAUCUCCAUCAAAUUUAGAAUCAGAUUUAUCAUCUGUAGAAUUACUACCAAAUGUUUCUUCUUCGUCUUAUCUAUCAACGAAUCGAAUCGAUAAAAAUCAUUCGCCAUCCAGUUUAUCAUGUCAUUUGAAAAUAGCACAAUGGAAGCAGGAUAGUUCAUUUGCAUUAAAAAAUAUUGUUUUUGAUGCUCAUCCAGGUGACCUGGUGUGCGUCAUCGGACCUGUUGGCUCUGGUAAAAGUUCUCUAUUACAAACAUUGUCUGGCGAAGUAGCUUAUUUUGAAGGAAAAAUUCGAUUACAUAGGACAUUCUGCUACGUUCCUCAAGAGUCAUGGAUAUUUUCAUCCUCAUUGAAACAAAAUAUUUUAUUUGGGAAAAAAUAUGACUCAAAAUUAUUUCAAAAAGUUGUACAUGCUUCAGCUUUAGAAGAAGAUUUUCUCCAACUACAACAUGGUGAACACACGAUAAUUGGUGAUCAGGGCGUCAUGCUAAGCGGAGGACAGAAGGCUCGAGUGAAUCUCGCACGCGCUUUGUAUCGCGAUGCAGACAUUUAUUUUUUGGAUGAUCCUUUAAGUGCCGUUGACGUUAAAGUGUCCAAUCAUUUAUUUGAAAAAUGCAUCAAAACAUAUUUAAAAAAUAAAAUUUGCAUACUUGUUACACACCAAGUACAAUUUAUAAAAGAUGCAACAAAAGUUAUAGUUUUAAAAAAUGGUGAAGCAGUACAACAAGGGAUCUAUCAAGAAUUACUUCAGCAUUCAACAUCAUUUGCAAAACUACUGGAAGAUAUACAUCAACAUGAACAGGACACAGCAAGUAUAACAUCAAAUGAAGAGAAAAAACACGUUAGCGUAGGCAAAAAUGAUAAUGAUGAAAUGAUUGAAAUAUCCGAACAUACAUUACAAACUCAAUUAAGUAGUUUACAAGAAGAUGAACCGAGCCCACCAACACCAACAGACUUUCAACAAGGAGAAACAAAAGCAAUUGGAAAUGUAAAAUUUCGAGAUUAUUUAGAUUAUUUUAGAGCCGGUGCAGGCUUGCUUAUGGCUUUCAUUCUUAUAUUUGUUAUAUUUUCGAUGCAACAAGCUACUGCUAUUUUUUCAAAUUGGUGGUUAGUAAAAUGGUCAGAUGAAGAAAGUUUUCGUCAUUCAGUAAUACCGAAAUCAUCCAACUGUAGUUCACCAUUAUCAAAAGUUGGUUCGAAAAUAAAAACUAUGUCGGAUGCACAAUGGCAUUUACAUCGAAAUGAAAAAUUUUAUAUUUAUUGUGGAAUUAUUGUUAUUCUAUUUAUAAUUACAUUGAUUCGUAUUGUGGCUACCGAGUUUUUAUGUUUAAAUGCUGCCCGUGUGCUACACGACCGGUAA